AAAAUUCAAACAUACCCAGCUGUGUGUUUACAUGUUUAGUACUGUCAGUUAAUUGACGUGUGGAACUGUCAGUUGCAUAGCGAUACCCGCUCACCGUGAUUAUUUCUCAUCGCUUAUAAAGAAGUAUUAGCCGCUUUGGACGGAUGGUGCUUAAAAACUAAUGAAAUUCUUUACUUCAAGUUAUUGUUUUCGAGUGGUACCCAUCACAAAUGCUUUCUGUGUGCCGGUUGUGUGCCCGCUGGGCUAAAUGUGUUGCAAAGAUAGAUGAUCUUCAGCUGAACAAUUUACAGCACGCGAAAGACGCGGUCAAGCAAAUGUUCUAUCUGGAUCUGUCAUGUCCACCUUCGUAUCCGAAUCAAGUGUGCCUAGAAUGCGUGCAAUACCUCGAGUACAGCUACGUUUUUCACCAGCAGUUACUGAACGCGGAGAAGGUUUUCCAAACGCUGCAGGAACGGGACGAAUUAACCCAGCGGUUGUUAGAAACGAAAAAUGCUGGAGAUGCAUUACAGUUUGCAGAGAUGGUAGAAGAGGAAUCGGGUACUGAACUGCCACAACAGGAGGCCAAUGAAUUUUUCGAAUCGGUCGAUAAUGGUAAAGAUCACGAAGAGAGGAAUGCAACAACGGACGAAGACGAGAGUGCACCGCCCAAACUAUCGGAACGCGUGAUCGAAAUAAAGAUUGAAGCGAUCGAGGAGCUGGAAAUUGUUAGCUGUCCACUAGAAACUGCUGACACCAAUAGUGAACAAUCGCUAUUCGCCAAGGAAAUAAGUAGUAUUACUGAUGAAGAUGAAGAUGAAAAUCACUCUCCAGAUGUUGAAGUACACUAUGCACAUACAAAUAGAACAACAAAGGGAAUGAAUGAGACGCGUCGCGCACCGAUGGCAGUAACGGUACCACCGGAACAAAAACCGAAUCGUACACUCGUUCGAAACAAGUGUUAUGUCUGCUAUAGAAUUUAUGGAACGGAGGCGGAACUUAUGUCCCAUCUGAUAAAGCACAACGAUUUGUUGCCAUAUCGUUGCCGACAGUGCAGUACGCCCGACUGUGUCUUCGAGUUUCGUACGAACCAAGCACUGAACAAGCACCUGGAAACGCAUUGGUAUCCGUUCGAGUGUGGCGAGUGUCGUUUGCGCUUCAAAAAAAAGGACAACAUCAAUGACCAUUUGCGCAAUGUGCAUAUGUUUGAAAGCUGGUACACUUGCAAAUGGUGUGGUUUGAAAUUUCAAGAAUUGCGUAAAUUUCGUCUUCACGUGGCUGCUCAUCGCAAUAUGAAAUCGGGCCGGCCCCAAAAAACACACAAUGUGCACGUGCACCAAAAACGGUUGCACCCGUAUGCAAGACAAUUGAACAUGUGUUCUUAUUGUAAUCGUUUUAAACACCGUUCAAACUGCGAACAGCACGAGCAGUAUAAUUGGCAAACAGAAACCCUGUUUAAAUGUACCGAGAUAUCGUGUAGUAAGACGUUUAACAGCUUUCGCGAAUGGCGACGACACAUGAAGAAACACUUUCCGAACGAAUCGGUAUAUUUGAAGCGGGUGAAUACGUUGCCGGAAUCGCUUCGAGAUCCAAACACCUAUCCACAGGCAUGUGCGGCACAAAACUGUAGCUACGUGGUACCAGCACCACGGUCAAUGUUUGCCCACUAUGGCAUGCACAAUCCGGCGUACCAUUGCCGGAAAUGCAAGGCGCGCAUGGAUCUACCAACGUUGCGUGUUCACGCAUGCCACAUGCAUUGAACACAUGUUAAAGUGUCACGACGUACCGACGGCAGUACGAUAAAUGGUUUAUGUAUCGACAUAAGUAGCGCGAACAAAUGUACUGCUUCCAGUAUUCGAGGGUGUGCAUUCAAUCAUUAGUAUUUAUGGCGAUCGUUCGCUUAAACUAUCUCUGGUAAUGUACCUAGCUCAACAAGAAUCUUUGCCUGCCGACAUGUGAUUCACCUACUAGAUUAAGACUGGUCGCAUUUGCUUAUAAAGAUUCAACCAUUCGAACUGCUACUUGAUUAAGGAAUAGUAGAUUGCAUUUUUUAUAUAAUGCUUGAGCGGUAAAACAUAUACCUCAAAUCACUUAAAAUAGAAGUUACUAUGGCGAUUGUCUUAAAAUAGUACAUUAUUGGUUUUGUUUGUCAGGCUCUGGAUUAACCGCAUUCAACCACGGCGAAAGAUUCUGAGUGGUUUUGUUGAAAUCGAAUUUUCGUUUUGUUUAUCCUUUACUUUGAAUCAAUUCAUUUUGAUGCCGUUUCAUAAUAUUAGUCGUCGUCAAGCGUAGAAUUAUCGAUAAUAGCAAGAUAUCACCACGAUACACCCUAGUAAUGCGUCUAUGUCUGGUGAAUAUCUCUUAUGAACUUACACUGUAAUGGACACCUUCUCACUACCGUUAUACUGAAGCCUAGCAGCUAUUUGCUCAAAAAUUAGUAAUAAA